AUGGGAUUUGAUGAAAGGUGGGUUCGUCUAGUGAUGGAAUGUGUAACUUCAGUGGAUUAUAUAGUUUUGAACAAAGGAAAGAAGAUAGGGCCAAUCAAACCAGAGAGGGGGCUGAGGCAAGGUGAUCCGAUCUCACCUUAUUUGUUUAUCAUAGUGGCGGAAGAUGAUAGCUCCAUCUUCUUCAAGGCUUGCCCGGAGGAAGCAUAUAAUCUCAAACAUCUUCUGCAGCAGUACGAAUUGGCCUCAGGGCAGCGCAUAAAUCUGGAAAAAUCUACAUUAACAUUCAGUGGAAACAUCUCUGGAGAUAUGAAGGAAUCAGUGGGGAACAUCCUAGGAAUCCAGCUUGGAGGGAGUAAUGGCAAAUAUCUGGGUCUCCCAAUGAUGAUAGGCAGGAAUAAGAAAGAGAUUAUGAGCUUCAUUAAACAACGGAUAGUCAAUCGCAUUCAUGGAUGGAAUCAUAGAUUUAUUUCUCGAGCGGGAAGGGAGAUUCUUUUAAAAACAGUCCUUCAGGCUCUCCCUACAUAUGCUAUGGGUGUGUUCUUAAUGCCUAAGGGUCUUGUUAAAGACAUAGAAAUGAUUACGAACUCUUAUUGGUGGAAAGGGGGAGGGGGUUAA